UUACGUUCUUUGUUUUGUCUCUCGAGUAUACUAUCGUUACCCUGUAGCCUACACUAUAAAUAUCGUAACGGCACCGUGUACGCUUCACGGCGUCCGCGAACAAACCUCCUUCGUCUCUCUCGCUCGCUAGGCGAAGAGAGGGGCCGGCGUGCAUUCCCGGCCCGUUUCAGUAACCGUCGCGAGCCCUACCCACGCCGACCGACACCCCAUCAUCCGCCGUCCAAUCCCCUAGAGCGCUAAUGUCCACGCUCUUCCUCGCUCCUCCCUGAGGCGACUCGGUAGGAGUCCGAAUCGCCAAGGACCGACGUUCCUCCGUCGUCCGCGUCCCCCCGCCCGCGGAUCCACGUCGCGGGGCUUGGACCCUUGACGGUCUCCACGCGCGGGAGGGGGAUCGGGUGGAUCCCGUGGCGAUCCGACGGUCGGUGGUUGCGGCCUUCUGGUGUUGUAUCAUGGAAUAGAGGGGGGUCAAACCGCGUGCGCUCGGGACAUGAAACCCCCAAGCGUAACGGCCGGCAGCCCCGACAGCCACUAUAGGAUGGCGGCGCAAUCGCAAUCACACUCGGAGUCGGAGGGGCCUCCUCGCUUAGGUUUCCUCAUGGAGGGGCCUGACCCAACCACCACCACUACCCCAUCCGCCGCCAAGCGGACCCUCGCGGAGGGAGAGAACUACCGUUCCUCCUCGAUCAUCCCCCCGCCGCCCUCCGCGGACACUGGCGCCGGGGAAGACCCUGUCGCACGGGUCGGUGUCACUACUGGGGAGGCGGAGGGACAUGGAGGACACGAUGACGGAGGUGACGGGCUUCUCGGCAGGUGGGUACGGGUAGUUCGCAGUGCACGACGGGCACGGGGGAGCGAUGGUGGCGCGGGCGUGCCGGGACCUGCUGCAGGUGGCUGUGACGGAGGGCCGCCCGGGUGGGUGAGGGGGCGGAGACGUGGAGGUGGGCGUGAAGGUGGACGCCGCGGCGAUGUUGGAGGUCACGGAGCUGUAGCAGGGGUUGGUGGUGGGAGACAAGUGGAUCAUGGUGGCCACAUGCGGCGUCUCCCGGACGGUGCUCUCACGCGGCGGGGUGGCCGUGCCCCCUUUCUAUCCAUCAAGAAUUGGAGCACUUAAGGUACAAUGUAUCUAUAUUUUCAUGCUUUAUAUGCUGUUGUCGUCAUUUUCAUUCCCGAAAUGCUCCUCGUUUCCUCAUGCUAUCGACUUCUGCUGUUUGUUUGCUUGAGUACUAUAAAUGUAGAUUAGCAUGUUGAGGCUGGACCCAUUGUGCAAAUAUAUUGUAGUAAGUUUCUACAAGGAAUUCUAGGACAUGUUAUGAUACCAUUUCCUUUGUGUUACCCUUGGUAUGAGUUGUCUUUAUUGCUGCAAUGGCCUUGCAUGACAUGAUUUCUAGCAAGUGCAUGUUCCUGUAUUCCUUUAGGGAGGUAGACACUGCAUCUGGAUUAGAUGCAAUAUCAUGCAUAGAUGAUAGCAGAGAUAACGGAGGAUGGGGUUGGGUAUCUCCUUUAGAGUUAAGAAAGCUCACACUAUAUAGCAAAAAACAUUAGCAUAUUUCGAAGUGCGGGUUCUUAUAUGUUGUUAGUUAGUAGUCUGCAUCUUGGCUUUCAGGGCUUACCGGUUAACCAGUCAAUUACAUUCUCCAUAUGUGUGGAUUAACUUGAUUUGUACAAUUGAAAAAAAAUUAAAAAAGAGAGAGAAAUUGAUGCUAAAGCUGUUACAAGUCUUCAACACCCUCUGUUCCAUUAUGUGAGCCAGGACUUGUAGGUUGACUUGUUUGAUUUUGUAAGAUGAAAUGCUAAAAAAGAAAGAAACUAUAGAAAAAGAACUAUUAGCUGAAGUGUUUCUUGCAAUUGAACUGAGUAACGAACAACAGAUACGAGGCCAUCGUUGAUGAAUUCUCAAAAAGAAAAAGGGAAGUUCAACAAAGAAGCAUUUGCAUGCAAUCUAAGGGACCAAUGAACAUUGAGAAUGUGGAAGAGGAGUUUGUUAAAUUAUAAUGACAAAGGAAAUCAGCAAAGAAAAACGAUCCCACAGAUUGGUGAAUGCUAAAAACAUGGCAGCAGACCAAUUCAAUACUAAAUGAAGAAACGAAAAAAUGACUAAGAAUUUCCUUUAAAUAAUUGCACAAUACAUAAUUGAUUAAUCAGCAUUUGAAAUCUGCCAUUCGAUAAUUUCAUUUGUCAUAUAUGGCAAUUUAGAUUGUUCUUCCAUAUUUGUUGUUAGCAUCUUUGGGUAAAUCUGAAGACAAAAGGUUCAGUCAGGUCAAAUCUAUGCAUUGUCGUGACCCAUCCUUGGAUUGCCUUUGGCCAAGAUUCGUUUUGGAUCGACAUAGCUCUUAUUCAGCUAUGCAACACAUGACAUGUGCAGAUGCUCUCCACCUUUCAAAUAUAGCCUUUGAUACUCUUUUUGGUUUAUCCAAAUUAGUGAAAUUAACCUCAUUCAUGCAUUGGAACAUGCCACUGCAAAGUUUUGCCUCCACAGGUUUGGAGGUUAUGUUGUCAUUUACUACAACUUAAACUGGUUCGAUGUAUCCAGUGAUACCUUUUUUUUAAUUUAAACCAUUAGAUAUAUUGAGUGAUUCUUUUUUUCUUUUCUUGAGUGUCUACAUGUUUUCGAUAUCUUUCCAUUAUUUAGUUCUAUUCUUCCUCUCUUAACACAUCUCAAUCAUCUUUGUUUAAAGCUUCCAGUAUAAGCUUAUGAUUUGAUAAUUAAUACAAAUUAACAACUGAAGCAACAGUAGGUGAUUUGCAUGGGAAUGUUCAUGUGCUUUGUACCACCCUUAGAACAACUUAGGCCCAAACACUACACUUUCAUCUGUGUUCAUUGCAUAUGUGGA